UCCGCAGUGCCGCGAAAAGCCUGUAAGGAGAACAGAGCCAGGUAUAAAUAAGACUGAUUUAAACAGCUAAAUAUCUGAAUACUGCCGAAAACAAGUUGUUUUAAUCCAAACUAGGGGAACAACAAUUCUUAUAAAGAACCUCAGAGUCACUUCAUGUUGUCAGUCAGAGACUGCUCUAGAUAUUAGGUUUAUUAAUGAAGAAACAAAAUGGCUGCUCACACCUUCAUCGCCAUCUCUGAGCUGCAUCCCAACUUCUCCCAUCCUAAAGUGGCCGGCAUCGUCAUUGGGAAAUCUGAUGUAAAAAGCUUUCCUGACAGGAAAAAUAUUGGUGUCGACAGAUUCACUUUUAGCUUCACAGUUAAGGACUCUCCUGACUUCUUCAUCAAUGUGACAGCCUGGGGAAACGAUGGAUACAUCAACUUGCUCUCCGGCAGCUUCAGUGUUGGAGACUGUGUAGUCAUCGAGAAUCCUUUAGUUGCUACCAAAGAUCCAGAGAAAGGAGAGCGAUUCUGUCCCACAACACCAAGCCUCUACAGGCUGCUGGUGACGGAGGCUCACUCCCAGGUGUAUCUGUGUGCUGACAUUGACACCAUGGACAGGCUGCUGCCGCUGAUCCACCUGCCAGUGAAGGACUCCAGAGAUUUUUAUUCUCUGGGAGACAUCGUGGCCAACGGGCAGAAGCUGGAUGGCACAGUGAUAAAUGUACUGGCUGCGGUGAAGUCGAUCGGAGAGCCGAAGCAGUUCACCACUUCAGACAGGCGCAAAGGCCAGAGGAUGGAAGUGAAGCUCUUUGAUGACUCUGUCUCCUCCUUCCCACUCGUCUGCUGGGACAGAGAGGCCAUUCAACUCGUGCAAACUGUGAUACCAAAGGAGACGGUGCUCUUCAUAGCUGAUGUAAAGAUUAGCUUUGACAGCUUUCGCAACAGCAUGGCAGCCACCGUUAACUCGAAAACCAUUAUCACUGUCAAUCCCGACACCAGAGAGGCCAGCCUGCUGUUCAGCUACGCUAAAGAGGCAUCGGAGUCUGGUGCUCUGGAUCAAGAUGAGAAGCCAGAAGAUGUGACUGUGGAUUCUAUCACUGAUGUGUACACAGUGACUCAACUUAAGGAGAAGGCUCAGGAGAACCCUGAGGCUUUCUUUGGCAUCACAUACAGCUUCAUCUCCAAACUCGACCUCGACUCUUCUGUUUCAAAAGUCAUCAGGACUCGCUGCUCCAGGUGUAAGUUACAGGUGAUGGAGGACACACAGAGCUGCCCCAACCAGCUGUGUCCAGGGAGAGAUCAGGCCUUUUCAGCCUCCACAGGCUUUGACCUGCUUGUGGACUUCACAGACCACACCGGCACCCUGCAUGGCUGCGCCCUCAGGAGCCCCAUGGCAGAACAGGCACUUGGCUGCACAGUAGACGAGUUUAGCACGUUGACUGAUGACCAGCGGACUGCAAUGAAGUGGAAGUUUCUUUUGGAGAGAUGCAAAAUAUAUGUGAAGAUCCUCCCGGCCACUAAAAUGAGGACUUGGAUCAGAGGGGUGAUCCUGGCCUGCACACUGGCUGACCCAGGAGAGGUGAAGCAGCACAUGUCUGCCCUGCUGCAGCGGCUCUGAUCACAACUCACACUGACUGAGCAGGAGAGCACACAUUGUACCUGGCUGCUUUCACCGCUGUGUGGCUCUGUUUGGACUGAGAUGAUGAAAAUGACAACAUUCACUUACACAUUGUGGCUUUGCGUUUUUAGGAUAGAUGCCUUCUCUGCAUUAUUUAUGUAUUUGUUUAACUUAUUUAUUUAAAUAUAUUUAUUAAAGUGUGUUCUGUUGGGUUUACUGCGUUUUAAAUACUGUUAAACUAAUUUACCAGUGUAAAUCAGUCAGAUGUUGUGUUAUUUGUCAAAUAGAUUUUUCCAUGAAAGGAUUUUUAAUUUCAAAUAAACAACACACUUAAAAAUAAAACUUAAUUUAAGUUUA